UUAAUAGUUCAACUUUGAUUUCUUCAACCAAUGGAUCUGAGCAGUCAGAUAAAAUGAUGGAUGCUGCUGCUAUUCCACCAGUUGCUCCUCAACAUGCAGCACACAUUUUUAUACGUUCUAAUUUCACUCGUCCUGCAGUUAGUUUACCAACAGGUUCCAAGCCAGUUGUUGCAGUUCGCUUUUGUCCUCAACCGUUUCAAUUAAGACAAGUUAAUUUAAACUGUCAGAAUGCUACAAAUCAAUAUACUAGUUUGUUUAAUCUUGCAUAUCGAUGGUUGUUUUGUCUAGUCUUAGAAGAUAGUGUUCUGUUUUAUGAUACGCAACAAACUGUACCAUUUGCUCAAGUUUCUCAACUCCAUUAUCAAGCUCUAAAUGAUGCAUCCUGGUCUAAAGAUGGUCAUUUAGUUGUAGUCUGUUCUACUGAUGGUUAUUGCUCUCUGAUUCAUUUUGCUCAUGGUGAACUUGGAGCAUUUUAUCGUGGUACAUUUGGUGCACCUAAUCCACAGCCUGUCGCAGUCGAAAAUAAUGUCAGUGAAUUAGAUAAGUGUUUGAGUAACGAUGUUGAAAUGCUUCCAUCCAAAACAGCAGCGGAUACAAAUAACGGCACUGUCAAGGAGGCAGACAAUUCUCCAAAAACUAAUCUUUCACCUACCUCGGUUCCUAACUCAAAUAAACCAACCACUGAGGCGAAAUUGUCAGAACCAUGCUCUACUAAUAAUCCCACUGUUGUUGAUAGUACCACUGCCGCAUCUAAACCAAAACGACGUGUACAGUUAACCACAUUGGUUUCUUUCGUUGAUGGGAAUAUUACUGGUAACAAUAGAACAGAUGACUCGCAUAAUUCAACAAAUUUAUCAGUUGAUCCUAAUGUUCACUCAACAAAACACAUAUCUCAAAAAAUUUGUGAAAAAGAUGUUAUAGAACUCACGGACGAUUCAACCUCCCAACCAAUGGUAUAGAGUUAUCAUGAUUUCCGGUUGCACUAUUUUUUUAAGAAUGUAGACUUUACAUGGCCGUAUUGCAUUAUUCACCGAUGUCUCAAUAGUUUAUUUCUGUUUCAGGACCCAUUUUUAUUCUAUUUUUCUAUGUAUUCAUUUAUGUAACAAGUUUUUCAAAAACGAAUAAAUCUCCUUCUCUGUCUUA